AUGCGUUCAUUUUUCAGCAUUGCCUCUUUGGCAGUUUUGGGCUUUACGUCAAUUGCUCAAGCUACUGAGAUGCCACCACCAUCAGAUGAAUGUUCUAAAGACUUUGCAUGCUGUGCAAACCCAUCUAAACGCUCCCUCUUUCGCCGCACUACCAAUACCUGUAGUACCAAAACCUGCUGCCAAACGACGGAAAACAUUCUCACAGCCAAUACAAAAACAGAACUUCGAUGCGGAAAGUACGGAGCCAAGACGUCUACGGUUACUGUCACCGUUAGAGACUGUCCUACCACCACUGAUGGAAAGUGCAUCCAUGUUGCAUACGAAAACGUUGUUACUACAACCUUCAAUGAAGUCCAUCUACAGAUCGAUGAUGUUAAUCUCACAGCAUCUGCCCCCGGUCAAUUCACUUUCAACAAGUAUUGCUCACUUACGAAUUCCAACCAAACAGCCGAUUGCUGGGUGGCUGUGAGCAAAGUUCUUGACGUCUUUUCCCCACCUGUCACCAGUCUUUGCGACAAGUCCAUCAGAAUUGCUGCCCAUGCUUCCAUUACGGACGGGAACACCUGCUGGGGAGUUGGAAGUCCGAUAGCCCAAACUUCCAAAAAUUGGGCAAUGGAGUUACAGUCGCCUUCACUUGUCCUCCAGUUUGCACAAAGUCCUGCUGUUGUCCAACAAUCACUCCACCACCUCCAACCACAAAGGAGUGCGGAUUCGGUACCGCCUUCGCCUAUAAUUCCAUAUGCUCUCGCGACUGUUCAUCAUCAUGCCCUUGGAGGUAAUGAUGUGACUAAGGGAACUCACGUUGGCACUGCAACUGUUUCUAAAGGUACUACGGCUGGAACAGUUCGUAUUGCAUAUGAUCUGGACUCUGGAUAUCAAGUCAACGUCGCGCAUGUCUUGCUUACUUGCGCUCCUGUUCCGGUCCCUCCCCAAGGUGCCAACCCAAAUUGUGCACCAGGAAAGUACACAAUCAACUCGGGUUGUAUUACUGGUGCUAGUCGUCAGCAUUGGUCGACUGAUUACAAGAUCACUUGCUCCAGGUAUUACCUUAUCAUGCACGGUUCCAUAACUCGUACAGUUCCAAGUACCGACACUUGUACUGCAGUCGAUUGCUCGUAUGUAGAUCCUCCGGAUCAAGGGGAAAAAUAG